AUAGUAUGUAGUAGACAUGGCGGGUUUCAACCUGGCUAAGUGACGAAAUAAAUUUUGUUUGCUAAUAAAAUAACGUGUUAAUUUCAUAUUAAAAGUGUUGAUACUAAAAGACUAUUUAAGUUAUAUUGGAUUAGGACAAAGAUGCAGAAUGUUGGACAGUCUGAAAACCGAAAUAUCGAUAAGGUGAAUGUGCAACUUGAUGUGGUAAAAACGUCUACUCCACAGAGUUCGGCUUCAAGUCCGGCCAAAUCUGAAACUGAAACGUAUUCAGGAGCUCCUGCCAAAUAUAUGACAGACUCUUCGGAAAGUGAGGAUGACUCCGUGUCUGAGAUCUUGCUGGCUUGUUUGUGCCUUAGCAGGCCAGACCUGUUGGCCGAAAUGGAAGAAGAAAAUGGUAGUACCGAGCCAUCUAAGUUCCUACUCUCGCACGAUGAUCCCGAAAGAGCUGUCGAUCCUGAAAUGCAAGCCAGACUGGAAGCAUUAUUAGAGGCAGCUGGUAUUGGUAAACUGUCAGGCGAAGGCAAACACUUGGCCGACCCGGAGGUCCUUCGUAGGCUCACCUCUUCAGUUUCUUGCGCACUAGACGAGGCGGCCGCCGCCCUAACGAGAAUGCGGAGCGACCAGCCCGCGCCCCACCACAGGCAUCAUCACCAAGAAAAGAAUUUCAGUCAGCCGUGCGGGGUGACUGCGACGGGCUCGACGCCUGCGGUCCCCUCGUCUGUGGGCGCGGACGGAGCGCCGUCGCUUGUCGAGGCGUGCUCUGACGGCGACGUGGGCACCGUCCGCAAGCUACUCACCGAAGGGCGGUCUGUCCACGAGACGACCGAGGAAGGCGAGCCCUUACUCUCCCUCGCCUGCUCAGCGGGAUAUUACGAGCUCGCGCAGGUCCUUUUGGCGAUGCACGCCAGCGUCGAGGACCGGGGUAUCAAGGGCGACUGCACGCCGCUGAUGGAGGCGGCGAGCGCCGGCCACGUGGACAUCGUGCGGCUGCUGCUGGCGCACGGCGCGGACGUGAACGCGGUGUCCGGCUCCGGGAACACGCCGCUCAUGUACGCGUGCGCGGGCGGACACGAGGACUGCGUGCGCGCGCUGCUCGACAACGGAGCCAACGUCGAGGACCACAACGAGAACGGGCACACGCCGCUCAUGGAGGCCGCGUCGGCGGGCCAUGUCGGCGUUGCAAAGAUCCUGUUGGAGCACGGAGCAGGGAUCAACACUCAUUCUAACGAGUUCAAGGAAUCCGCGUUAACGCUCGCCUGCUAUAAGGGUCACCUGGACAUGGUGCGGUUCCUGCUGGCGGCGGGCGCGGACCGCGAGCACAAGACGGACGAGAUGCACACCGCGCUCAUGGAGGCCAGCAUGGACGGACACGUCGAGGUCGCCAGGCUGCUGCUCGACUCCGGGGCGCAGGUGAACAUGCCAACGGAUAGUUUCGAGUCGCCAUUAACACUAGCGGCGUGUGGAGGCCACGUGGACCUGGCGAUGUUGCUGCUGGAACGCGGCGCCAACAUCGAGGAGGUCAAUGACGAGGGCUACACGCCGCUCAUGGAGGCCGCUAGGGAAGGUCACGAGGAGAUGGUUGCGCUGCUGCUGGGUCAAGGUGCACAGAUAAAUGCACAGACCGAGGAAACGCAGGAGACUGCGCUGACCCUCGCCUGCUGCGGAGGGUUUCUCGAGGUGGCGGAAUCGCUCAUCAAGGCGGGCGCUGACGCUGAGCUCGGCGCUUCCACUCCGCUCAUGGAGGCUUCGCAGGAAGGGCAUCUAGAACUAGUACGGUAUCUGAUCAACGCGGGCGCGGACGUGCACGCGACGACGCAGACGGGCGACACGGCGCUGACGUACGCCUGCGAGAACGGGCACACGGACGUGGCGGAGCUGCUGCUGCGCGCCGGCGCCGCGCUGGAGCACGAGAGCGAGGGCGGCCGCACGCCCCUCAUGAAGGCGUGUCGCGCCGGACACCUCUGCACCGUGCAGUUCCUAGUCGCGAAGGGAGCGGACGUUAACCGCAUGACGGCUAGCGGCGACCACACGCCGUUGUCUCUGGCGUGCGCGGGCGGACACGUGGACGUGGUGAAGUUCUUGUUGGCCUGCGACGCCGAUCCCUUCCGAAAACUCAAGGACAACUCCACCAUGCUCAUCGAGGCAGCCAAGGGCGGACACACGGCCGUCGUGCAACUGCUCCUCGACUUCCCACAUUCUGUAAUGCUUCCUAGAGGCACGACAACCACAACGACGGCGGAGGACGGCGCGGGGCUGAGCGCGGCGCAGGCGGCGGCGCUGGGGCUCACGCACGCGCCCGCCCCCGGCGCGCCCGCCGCCCGCGCGCUCCUGCCCGCGCACGCGCCCGCUCCCGACCUGCCACACAACUUUGCCAAGGCCUAUCUCGACGAGCGCAGUUCGGGCGGCGGUCGCAAGAAACCGAGCCCGUACCCAACGGCGGCGGCGGUGGCGAGCGCAAUCUGCGGCGCGACGGGCGUGCCCCCCACCUUGAGCACGCCCACCGCUGCGCCCGGCCCCGCGCCCGCCGCCGCGACCCCCCACCAGCCCCCCAAGCACAAGUGUGCGCGGAAACAACGGGCGGCGCCGCAGCACCCCGACCACCACCUGCCGCCGCCGCCGGACAUACACGACGAACACAGGGCUGAGGCGCUGGUCGCGCAGCAGAGGAAUGAAUCGAUGCCGGACACCGAGAGGGGGCUCUCGCUCGAAAUUAACGAUCCUUCAGGUCCCCCGACGUUGGCCACCUCGGCGCUGCACGCGCUCGACCUGCAGUUCUGCGCGCAAGGUGUCACAACGAGUCAUUCGCCGGCCACUCCGCCGUACCCUCCUCCGCAACAAUUGUUCCCAGUGCAACCAAUACCGACCAACCUUAAUCAGCAGCAACUUCAAGAGUUGCAGCAACAACAGUACCAACAGCAGCUAGCGGCGCAGGAGCAAGCGCUGCAACAACAACAACAACAACAACAACAAAAGAAGCUACAACAACAACAGCUCCAACAACAACAACAGCAGCAGCAGCAAUAUGCACAGGAACUGCAGCAGAGGCCUGAGAGCUACGGACCACAGCUGGGCGGCGAGGAGUGCGCGUCCGGGUGCUGCGGGCCGGCGGCGGGCGCGGGCGGCGCCGCGGAGCCGCGCGAGCUGGGCGCCGUGCUGGCCUACCUGCAGCGGGAGGUGCCCUCGCUCGUGGCGCUGCCGCCCAACGAGCUGCGCACUCUGGUGUUGCAGGUGAUGCAGCAGAAGUCUCAGGAGAUCCUCUCUGGUAAAUGUGGCGAACUGGAAGGUGAAUGGUUGGAGGGCGAGGAGCGCCACGCGCGCCGCCUGCUGGCCGCCGCCGAGCAGGCGCUCGCCACCGACUACACCACCAGGCACCACCAUCACCACCACGUCGACGUACCGCAACAGCAGAACAACGGUUGUCAGUUCCGGGUAGGCGGGUCACCCCCGUCCGGUGCAUUGGAGCCGACGGCGCUGCCCCGGGGGACGGAGGAGGAUGUGCAGCCGCCCCCCGACCUCCAACAGCAUUUCGCCCUUCCACCUCCCACCCUUCCCUAUGACGACUAUAGAUCGUCGUCGUACACUCCUCCUCUAACGGAACCCCAGCCCCGGCAUCCGCAGCAGACAGCACCCCAGCAACACGCCAAGCGCGAACACCACCACGCCAAUCCCACCAGCAAGAAAAAGAGUCGCGGCGGAGGCGCCAGCGGGGGCGCGCGGGCGCGGGUGGGGGAGGCGGCGGCACCCGCGGCGCCCGCACCCGCCGCCUACUGCGCCAUGGACGUGGACGGCGAGACCGACUCCAACCACGACACCGCACUCACGCUGGCGUGCGCCGGCGGCCACGAGGACCUCGUCGAGCUGCUGCUGUCCCGCGGGGCGGACAUCGAGCAUCGCGACAAGAAGGGUUUCACUCCACUUAUCCUGGCGGCUACGGCCGGUCACGAGAAGAUCGUCGAGAUCCUUUUGAACCACGGCGCAGAUAUCGAGGCGCAGUCGGAACGCACAAAGGACACUCCCUUGUCGCUGGCGUGCAGCGGCGGCCGCUACGAAGUAGUCGAACUCAUCCUCAGCCACGGCGCCAACAAGGAGCACCGCAACGUAUCCGACUACACGCCACUGUCGCUGGCCGCCUCCGGGGGCUACGUCAACAUCAUCCGGCUACUGCUCACGCACCAGGCGGAAAUCAAUUCUCGCACUGGCUCGAAACUGGGUAUAUCACCGCUGAUGUUGGCCGCCAUGAACGGUCACACGGCAGCGGUGCGACUCCUUCUCGACUGCGGGUCCGAUAUUAAUGCGCAGAUAGAAACCAACAGGAACACGGCGCUCACCCUCGCUUGUUUCCAAGGUCGACAUGAGGUCGUCAGCUUGUUGCUGGAUCGCAAAGCGAACGUGGAGCACCGCGCCAAGACCGGCCUCACGCCGCUCAUGGAGGCGGCCAGCGGCGGAUACGUGGAGGUGGGACGCGUGCUGCUCGACAAGGGCGCUGACGUCAACGCGCCGCCCGUGCCCUCCUCCCGGGACACCGCCCUCACCAUCGCCGCAGACAAGGGACACACCAAGUUCGUCGAACUGCUGCUGCAGAGGCGAGCCGCCGUCGAAGUAAAGAACAAGAAAGGCAACUCCCCCCUAUGGCUCGCCGCUAACGGCGGACAUCUCGCCGUUGUCGAGAUGCUGUACGCAGCCGGCGCUGACAUCGACUCUCAAGACAAUAGAAAGGUUUCGUGUUUGAUGGCUGCCUUUCGUAAAGGUCACAUAAAAGUGGUCAAAUGGAUGGUCGGGGUCGUCACGCAGUUCCCUUCAGAUCAGGAGAUGACUAGGUACAUCUGUACCAUCUCGGACAAGGAGCUUUUGGAGAAGUGCCAAGAGUGCGUGCGCGUGAUCCGCGCCGCCAAGGAGACGCAGGCCGCACGCGCCAACCAGAACGCAACCAUCCUCCUCGAAGAACUUGACGCAGAGAGGGAGCGGGAACUCUGUCGAAGGCAGGCCGCUGCCAGGAGACGGGAACGGAAAAAGAAGAAGAAGAUGGAAAAAAAGGAGGAACGUCGCAAGAUGCAAGCGGAGCCGGACAAGAACUCCGAAUGUAGUGACAAAGCGCUCGGAGACUGUUCCGAGGGCGGCGAAGGGGACGACGAACCCAGCCCUAAGGAAGAGGGCGACUCCGGCAUCGAUGCCAACUCACAGGGUUCGUGUUCGUCGUCCGAUGUGAAGGCUCCUCCUGUACAACCCGCCAAGAGUAAGAAAAAGAAAAAAGAGGACAAGGCAUCUCCUCCUCCACCUCCCAGUACCGUCAAGAAACAACCUGACAAACCUAAACCUAAGAUAGAGACAAAACCCGAACGAGAACCAACUCCCAAACCUGACAAGAAGGAGAAGGAAAAUGUAGCACCGUCCUCGCCGCCGACACCUAAACCGGUCGAGAGACGACUGCCCGAACGAAAGGAGAAAAAAUCCGAAGAGGAAAGUCCUAAGAGCAUAACAGUAGCAAACGUUAACAAGUAUGGAAACAACAGAAAGAGCCAGGUCUUCGAAUCGAGCCGGCUUAAUUUGGACGAUACAGACACAACUGACAAAAAUAAGAAGACCUCAAGCACACAACAAUGGGAGAUUGAAGCCAAGAGUACUUCUCCCAAAGCUGGUUGCGUCGGAGGUCGCCGCGAGGAGGGCUGGAAGGAAGUUGUGCGCAAAUCUAGUGUACAAACCGUAUCCACAGUCGAACCUGGGUGCAAGAAAGUGUCCGUUGCAUCGCACGCGAUAUCCCGCGUGAUCGGUCGCGCCGGCAGUAACAUUAACGCCAUCCGCUCGGUGACCGGCGCCCACAUCGAGGUCGACAAGCAAAGUAAGGGGCAGGGCGAGAGGAUCAUCACGAUUAAGGGCUCGGCUGAAGCCACAAAGCAAGCCGGCGUUCUGAUCGCAGCUAUGAUCCGCGACCCCGAGGCCGACCUGGGAGCGCUGUUGCCGCGCGCCAAGCCGGCUCCCGCACCGCAUCCUGCCAAGCCUGUCAAGCAACCCGCCGCCAAGCCUGGCCAGCCGGGCGCCCCGUGUCCGACGAGCAGCAGCGCGGCGCCGGCCCGCAGCGCGCCCGCCGCCCGCCCCGCGCCCGCACGCGUGCCCGCUCGACACGCGCCCACACCGGUAACAACGGAAAAGCGUCCGUCAUCGAGUAUUGGCGUGACGGCGAGCACCAGCAGCUCGGGCAGCACGGCGAGCAGCAAGGCGAGCACGGCGCUCUCGUACACGGGCGCCAUCGUGGGCGCGCGCUCGCACACGUUCGCCGCCAAGCUCACCGCCAGCGUCGCGCCCCUCGCCCUCGCCGCCGCCGACCACAAGCCCAGACCUGCGCCACUGCAGCCAACGCCGAACAGCGGCCCGGGUCCGGCCGCGGUUUCCCCGCUGAAGUCUGCGCGAGAGAGCUCGCCGUCGCCCGCGCCCGCCACGCCCGUCUCCAGACCUGAAGAGGUUGACAUUAAACAACCACGACUACCCGAGAGAACGGUGCAGCUGAGUCCCGAUACUACAAGCUCAUGGAGCACAAAUGAAGACAACACGAUCAACACUUCCACGUCAACCACUGCUUUGCACAUUAACACUACAGCGCAGUGCGGCGUUGUAUCGAGCGGCAGCGGCGGUAGCGCCCCGGAGUACUCGCUGUUCAAGGACGUGUCGGGCGCCGCCACGCUGUGGUCCGCACCGGCUGAACAUAAUGAGCCGCCUCCGCCGCAGGUGGACGCGAGCAAAGCGCCAGGGUACCGCGGGGGGAGCGGCGCGGGUACGGGCGCAGCGGGGACGGGGGCGGCGGGCGGGGGCUGCUCGCCGUGCUCCCGCACCUCGUCGCACGGCUCCACGCCGCCGCCUGCGUACGCGCCCUACCACACCGACCAUAUGCCGCACCACCACUCCCGACCCUCCUACCAGGACACGCCGCCCAGGAAUAACAUUAUGGUAUCGAUGUCGAGCGGUGUGAACAUGAGCGGAGUGAACAUGAGUGGCGCCAACAUGUCCGGCUCCUCGCUGGGGCUCGGCUACGUGGGGGUCGAAGGGGUGUCCCGAUUGAAUCCCCGGGCGCCCGACUUCGCUCAACGACACACGCUCAUACACAACAAACACAAUGCACAGCAAUUGUUCGGUGGUGGCAGCAACUUGAGUAACUUACUCAUGUACCAACAGCCUGUGUCGCAGUCGCCAAAACCGAACCAUCAAACCCACCUUGCUUACCAGUCAUUGCUGGAUCGCGGCGUGAAUGUCAGCGGAGUGGGUAACGUCGGCAGCGGUUGGGGCGCAGAAGAAGAGGAACGCAAGCCCCGUCCUAUUGGAACUGAACGCGCGUGGAAACUAACCGCAGCCGAGGACUGGUCCCACGCCAACCUGCCGCACGCGACCGCGCACCACAUGCAGGACCAUGACCGCUAUCAGGGUGUUUCGAACAUGGGCGCCAUGGGUGGCGUGGGUGUGGGCGUGGGCGGCCUGGACGGGUCUGCGUACGGAGCGGGCGGACUGUCGCUGCUGCAGCUGCCUCUGCAGUACUUGCCGCCCACCGUCACCCCCGCGCCCGAACCCCCGCACCACUGGGACCCCGCCCCUCACCAUGCACACGACAAACAGCAGACCUGGAGCAAGUGGACUCACUAAGAGUCCGGACCGGCUAUGACGACUACUGCCUUAAAUUGAAAUACGUGAGCGCGCCUCACAACGCGCGCUCUACCGACCGACGAGGAUAUACUCUGUAUUCGUAACCUUGGAAACGGUGUAGAUAUUAGUGAGAAAGAUUAUAUUAUACAGAUUAUCUAUAUACAUAAUAGAGAAAAUGUCCUAUCGAAAUGAGACCUCCCUGUACUGUCGACUGAAGUGAGCAUUAAACGAUUAAUUCUGAUGGAACUCGUGAGGGGAGCCGCAUGUAGUUUUAUUUGACUGCCGCUCGUCGCCGCGAGACCGCGUUAGACAAAUUAUAGUUACGUUAUAGUCGGCGUCGCGCCGUUUUCCUCUCGUGUAGAAUGUACGCGUGACGAAUGUAAUGAUUGGUGGCUUGGAAUUUGAUUCCGAAUUGCCUCCCAAGUGUUUUGCGUUGCCUUGACCGGGCCCUGUCCCGGAGACAUCUCGUCAUACAUAUUUUACACUUUUUGUUACGGCAUAAUACGAUAUUAAUUUGAAUGAUUAAAGUGCUGGCGUGACCGAGGCGGAUGAUUAAUUAUACGUGUAUUAAUAAAAUUUGCUUGUACAUGAAAAUUAAAUAUCAUAUAUUGAUGCACUGUA